AUGGAUGAGGAUGACGCCCCAGUUGUGGUUGAAAGUGAUGAUGUACCUCGUAUGUCAAACGGACAAAGGGCUGGUGUGCUGACAAAAGAAGAAAUCAAAGCCGAGGCAGAAAGAGCAAGACUGGCUGAGAAACGAGCUAUGGAGCGAAUAAAAAGGGAACAUCAGGAGGAAGCAGCUGAAACUGUAUAUCGAGAUGUAUCGGGUAGAAAAGUUGAUAUAAAAGUUAAAAAGGCUGAGGAGGCUAGGCGAAGAAGGGAAGAAAUAGAGAAAGAAGCAAAAAGAAUGGAAUGGGGCAAGGGGUUAGUUCAGAGAAGAGCAGCCGAAGAAGAAAGAAGACGGUUGAUGGAAGAAAAAGAUAAGCCUUUGGCAAGAUAUGCAGACGAUGUAGAGCUUAAUCAAGAGCUUAAGGAAAGAGAAAGAUGGAAUGACCCAGCUGCCGGAUUCUUGACAAAAAAAUCAACCUCAAAAGGAAAGAGACUGGUACGUCCCACCUAUAAGGGUGCUUGGAAACCAAACCGUUUCAUGAUACCUCCAGGAUAUCGCUGGGAUGGAGUAGAUCGAUCCACAGGAUUUGAAGAUAACCUUUUACUACAAAAGAAUCAAGCUAAAUCACGAGCAGCUGAGGCUCAUGCUUGGUCUACAGAAGAUAUGUAA